GUCCAGAUCCAGUUUAUACUGAUGUAAAAUCCAAAUGCUCCAACGCGACGUCAGACCCACUCAUAUUUGUUCCUUCACAGGUGGCAGCAGAAUAUAGGUUUAAUGGAAGUAUUUCUGCAGCAGCGUGACUGGUGAUGGCUUCAAAAUCUGCUAGCGUUUCAACUCAACAACUGCAUGCUAAAAAAAAAUGCGAGUCUCGUGCAGCCCAAGCCAACACAAAACGAUUUGACACGAGGCGGCGGUCAGUGACGCGUGGUCCGAAUGGAGGAGGAAAUGAAGACCUCUUGGAUGACACCUAGCGAUGAAAGAUUAUGACAGAUGCUUACUGAACAAAACUGCUGGUGACCCUGCUGCUACGCUGCUAUAGUUGGCUGACUGGAUAUGUACAGACUGACACGUCUAGCAACACCUCCAUGUGUGCUUAUGAGAUGUUCCCCUGGUCAGCAGUGUUUUCUCUGGAGCCGAAGGUGCCUGGACAGCGUACAGCAGAAGAACUAGUCACCAAUACUCUGAUGCUGGAGCUGGGUGCCAUGGUGAAGCGCACCGAACGUAUCCGCCUGGAGAGGGUGACACAAGAGGGCCGGCGCCGACGCAGCUCCUCCUCUGCUGAUUAUAGAUGGCUGGCCACUGCCCCCACCCACCAACCCUACGAGCUGACCCCCCGAGAUCUGAUAGAACUGCAGGACCUGUGUGCCAGGGUGCCACCAUCUCAGUGUGGCCCUGUCAUUGUCAGGUUCAGGAAUCUGGUGACAAAGACCGAGCCGGAAGUUUACGAGGUGGCUCGUCUGUUCCGCACGGUUCUACGUGACUGUGUGGAGGGAGAAGAGGAGAACGAGGAGAUGAGGAUGAGGUCAGCCGGCUGGGACAAACAACGCAGCAAGAGCCUCUCCUUUGUAACCUUCCGCUCCAAGUUCCGCCCCGCACCCUUCAGGGGCGGGGGCCUGGGCGGGUCGCGCGGCAACCUGCAGGAGGAGUCCAGCUGGUACGAGGAAGAGGUGGAGGAGCAGGAGGGAGCAGCGAAUGUGGCGAGAGCGGCCAGGAAGGGGAGGAGCAUGAGCAUGCCUGAUAUCACCCCCAUCGAACGGAGUGCACUUGGCUGAGAAAGGGAGGGACAAUUGCUGAUGUAAAAAGGGCUUUAUAAAAUACAUCUGAUUGAUUGAGGAAGGGAGGAAUGGGACAAAGAAAGGAAUGUCGAGAAGUCAAAUAUGUCUCAAGGUGAGACAUGCAACAUUGACAGCUCACACCUCAGCAGAUUUCCACUUACUCUUUAGACAAAAAGAUGCAGCUGUAUUAAACAUAUACUAGAGUGGAAAUGCAAGCUUAGCCAGCAAUGUAUGCCAUAAUAUUUCAAACAUUAUUUUUAUUGUGAAUUACAUUUUCUGAACGUGUGAACACUUGAAAUGCAAAAUUAACUAGAUUUUGAAUGCAUAAAAUAAAACCUUAUUUUUCAACAGA